GCGAAGAAUUUCAUCUUCAGAACUGAGAGUCAGUGUCACGGAAGUCUGCUGGAAAGUAAACUAAAAUGUGGUACAACGAAUACGCAUCUUUAUGUUUGGUUGCGCUUGUUCUGGGACAAGCUACAGCUCUGCCACAGCAUCCUCAGUACACUCAGCAAUAUCCGCAAGAAUACCAGCAGCAGCAAAUCAGAGAGGAUAGAAAAUUCGCUGAGAAACCAAACGCGAUGAAAAAAGUGGCGAUCGAUGAUCUCGAAGACAUUAACACUAAUCAAAUUCAAGAAGGUAGUAGUAGCGGUUUCUCGUGGUCCAAUAUGCUGGGUAUGUUGAUGCAGAUGUUAUUAGGUCAGACCGGUGCUACGACUGGACCCAGUAAAAACGAGAUAGAUGAUGGUGCGACUACGAGUCCGUGGACCAACUUGCUCUCUGUAGGUUUUAGAGUUCUCACGGCACUGUUGGGUGGACCUCAGCAGCCGGUAGAUGGUAUCGAUAAAGUGGACAAUCAAAGUAGUAGUCCUAUGCAGGCAAUUUUGGCUGCGGUGCUGGGCGCGUUUCUAGGACAGGGCAGAGACCCCGAACAAAUUGCAGUAAUGGCGAAAAAUGCUUCCGAGUUCAUCAGCAUAGUUAUCAAUCUGCUGGACGCUCUGAAGACAUCGUUCUCUCAUCGUUCCCUAACAGCUCGUUCACUCGGGAGACGCGACACCAUCUCUGAAGCUGCGAUAGCGUCAAUUUCUAUGCUAAAGGGCUACAUGAGAUCUGUCAAGUCCUUUAGCUACGUAGGACGUGCCGAGGAGGAAGGUCAACGCGGAUGCGCCGAAAGAGCUCUUUGCGAGGCCAGCGCAGAGUGUAUCGCUGACACGCAAGGUCCAUCUUCAAUCUUCUGCCAACUUGGAUCAUAUGCGACAAGCUAUCUCCUGCAGAAACAGAGCGGCAUUGGUUUCGAGGCUCUUUAUGAGGCAGGACGACGCGGUCGCACAGGCGAAGAUUGCAGAACUCUCUUCAUGGAUUGCAAUGCCGUAUGAGCGUGUUCAUAUUGCAGCGUUUCAUCAAGCGUGAUUUAGAUUCUGCGGGAUUUUGAAAUCUCUUUCUCGAUCGAAUUUUUAAUCGGAAGCCUUCCCGAUCGUACAUUACAAUCAUACAUUUCUCCUCGAUGAUAGAAAUGUCACUCUAUUGAUUUACAUAACAGGCAACCAAACAACAUCAAAAGUCUUAAAGUUAUUUAGAGAUGUUUUAAAAGUUGAAACUUUUUCUUUAGAAAGUUUUUUAGAGUUUUCGGACAUUCAAAAAUUGUUUAUAUAUUAGGUACUCGAACCUAACCGACGCAUUUCAAUAAGAUUUCGGUUUGCACCAAAUUAGAAUAGAAGUUUAAUCGCGCGAUGUGACCGCGCGCGCGCAAAUACUUAAGAAGCACAUCGAACAGAGAUUCGCAUGGAAUCUUACCAGCUCGACAGCUCACGACUGAUCAUUUUUUUCGAGCAGCGAAUUCGACGCGUGUACGCGCUAAAUGGUACAAUUUCGUAAUUUCGACGAGUCUGUGACUUUAAUAUCGUGAAUCAAGCAUUUGAUCUUCUCUUGCAAAAGAUGAGAUCAAACUUUUGAUAAUCUACUCUAACUAAUAAAAUCUUUCAAUAAAAUUUUUUCUAUCUAAAAUAGAAUUUUUUGGGGAUCGCCUGUCUAUCAUGUUUUCAAGUCCUCUUUUGUAUCGAUAAUCAAGUUUUGCCAUGCGCCAAUUAAAUAAUUAUAUGUUUAUUUCUAUUUAUUAAACGUAUUAUAUGUAUUACUAGAUUGUAUAGUGUCUUUGUUUGAGAGAUUUCAUGCAAUUUCCGUUAUUUUGAUAAUAGAAUGAUUAUAAUGUACAACAAACAGCGGAUUGUCGGUAUCUUUCAAAUUGAUAGUAUACAAGAUUUAUUCGACAUUUGAGAUGUGAUGCAUUUUUCUUUAAAAUAUGAUAUAGUUGAUAAAAAAUGUUGAUCGAAUAGUUGUCGUAAGUAAUACAAUUCUAUCGCGAAUUCAAUUUUCGAUGUUAUAAGUACGGAAAAAAGAAUUUUAUGCCAGUGUUGUCAUUUCUAUAUUUCUAUAGCCUCGAAAGUUUAAUUCACGAAAAUUAUACUUCCACCGACACGCCUCAAUUGUUUACAUACCGUAUAUAUUUAACGUUUUAUGUACGGUAUUUAUAUAUAAAAUAUUAUAUCAAUUAAAUAAAAUUUUACGAAACAAAGAGAGAGAAAGAGGGAAGAAGAUGCGCUUAGAACUGUUGGAGAAAGAGGAUCGGUAAAUUUGAUGUGUUUGAUGAGCUUCGUUCAAAUAUUGCUAUCGUUUGCUAGAAAAAGAGAUUAACUUUGCGCAAUAUUAUUUGAAUCAGCAAUAAAUUUAAGUACUAUUUUAUUUUUCUAGU